GCGUAUGCAUCUCAUGGAUUAAAGGAUAUAUUUAAUGUAUAUAAUUUAGAUCUACAAAGAGUAGCGAGGGCAUUUGGUUUCUCUGUUCCUCCUAAGGUAGAUUUAAAUCUAAAAGCAAAAGGGAGAACAAAAAUUGAUAAAAAAAAACAAAGAUUUAAUGCUAGUGGGCAUAAAUUCUCUGCAGCUAAUCCUUAUGGUGUGCGAGCACCGGACGACAAGAGGCAGUUUUGCCGUUGA